AUGGCCUCAACAAUGCUGGGAAAACGCAAACGCCAGACUGCGAUCGCACCUCGACGCAUGGCCCGCAUUGACGAUGAGAAGCUAGCUGUGGAACCCCUUUCAGCCUCCGAUCAUGAGAUUUUUCGCAGACAUUUCGAGUCCAUAUUCGAGCCAUUACCCGAAUCUCAGACCGCGACGAGUCCUUCCCUUUCUCUAGACGAUGUCGACGUAGUGGGCGAGCCUUCAGAUGAGGAAUCGGAAUGGGGAGGUCUCUCGGAGUCGGAACCGGGGCUGGAGCCGGACAAUGCUACGAUCGAGAUUGUUGAGCACCGAGCAAAGAUUGAUGCGGCGGCGGAUCCCGAAUUACAGAGGCAGCAGUACAAAGCAUUCAUGAGCUCAAGACCUCCAAAAGAGGUGGAGGUUGUGGCAAGGACAAAGUCUGCUCAGGAGAUCGACGAAGAAGACGCUUUGGAGGCUCUCAACCUGAAACACGAUCUGGAUCUCCAGCGAUUGCUCAAGGAAUCCCAUUUGCUCGAACAGGCAAAGGCUUCGUCCACACUGGGUAGCCAUCGGCACAAAGCGCUUGACAUGCGAAUACAGUCUCUGGGAUCGAAGGGGUCCGUGUUUCACCAGGAAAAGAUGCCAAUGGCGCACAGAAGGGGGAUCCUUGCGAAGGCGGCAGCCCGGGAGAAAAGCCGGCGAAGAGAGGCUUCAGAAAAUGGCAUCAUCCUGGAGAAGUCGGUGGCAAAGUCCAGAACAGGAGAACUUCGAAGGGAGCGGGCCGUCGAUGUCCCCGCUGUGGGCAAGUUUCGAGGAGGCACCUUGCGGCUUAGCAAGAGAGAUGUGCUCGACAUUCAAGGUCCAGGUCGCUCUGGGCCUCGCGGCAAACCACGCCGACCAUAG